GUAAAAAGUUAUUGCUCUUUUAGAUAACUUUAUAAAUCUUUAUAACUUUAUAAAUAGACAUCGAUAUAAAAAACAAACAGAUAAGCCGGUGCUAAGCCUAUAUAUAAGUAUCUCCAGCUUUUAUUACAACGCAGAAGUUGAGAUGAAGUACCUGCUAGUUCUCUGCUUGCUGAUUUUCGCUGAUGGAUCAUCAGCUUGGCGGCGAUUCUUUCGUGGCAGAAGCAAGGAUGGUCUAGGUACUCCGAAUUUAUCGAGGAACCACACGCUGGCCGAUGACUUGUGGUUCCAGCAGGAGCUUGAUCACUUUGAUCCCACCAAUACUCAGACAUGGCACCAGAGAUACUUUAUGAAUAAACAAUUUUUCAAACCUGGCGGACCGGUGUUCAUCAUGAUUGGCGGUGAAGGAGAAGCCAGUGCUAAAUGGAUGGCCGAAGGACAAUGGAUUGAGUAUGCUAAACAAUUUCGGGCUUUGUGCUUUCAAUUAGAGCACCGAUUUUACGGCAAAAGUCAUCCAACUCAAGAUUUGAGCAUCAAGAACUUGGUCUACUUAACAUCAGAGCAAGCAUUAGCAGACUUGGCUUAUUUCAUAGAAGGAAUGACCCACUUGCACCAGAUACCAGCCGGUACUAAAUUCAUAGUCUUCGGAGGGUCAUACCCUGGGUCAUUAGCAGCUUGGAUGCGAGUGAAGUACCCUCACCUGGUCCAUGGAGCAGUUUCAUCAAGCGGACCCUUAUUAGCAAAAAUUGACUUCCAAGAGUACUACGCAGUGGUGGAAGACUCGCUGAAAACUCACUGUCAAGUAUGUGUGGAUUCAAUAGCCGCUGCAAAUAAGCAGUUCCACGCGAUGCUGCGUCACCGUAUCGGCCAGCAAGAUUUAUCGAAGAUCUUCAAGCUCUGCGACCCUCUGGACCCAGCUGCUACCAAGAAAAACGACAUUGCGAACCUGUAUGAAACAAUUGCGAGUAACUUUGCGGAGGUAGUUCAGUACAAUAAGGACAACCGUAACAGCUCCAAGACCGCAAACGUUACUAUAGACACUAUUUGCGACGUGUUGGUUGAUGAAAAACAAGGAAUUCCCAUCGAGCGACUGGGAGCUGUUAAUGAUUUGCUCUUAAAAGCGAAUAAUGAGACUUGCCUGGACUACAAAUACAUGAAGAUGAUCGACGAGCUUAGAAAUGUCUCCUGGAAGGCAGAAUCUUCACAGGGAGGUCGCCAGUGGUUCUACCAAACUUGUACUGAGUUCGGAUUUUUCCAGACUUCUACUGCAAGGCCUGAGCUGUUUAGUGAGAUGUUCCCGGUUGACUUUUUUGUCCAGCAGUGCACUGAUGUCUUUGGGCCUAGGUACAAUAUUCACUUGUUGGAGUCUUCUGUUGAACGCAGUAAUCUUCUCUACGGAGGACUUCAUAUUGAAGUGUCUAACGUCGUUUAUGUUCACGGGUCUAUUGAUCCUUGGCAUGCGCUGGGAAUUACUAACUCUUCUAAUCCAUUGACUCCUGCGAUUUAUAUUAAUGGUACUGCCCAUUGUGCUAAUAUGUAUCCAGCAUCACCUUCGGAUCUUCCGGAUUUAGUUAAAGCUAGACAAAAAGUUGGAGCUAUUAUUCGUGAUUGGUUAAAGUAAAAUAAUUAAAAAUUUAUUAAUUGUUAGUGAGUUUUAAAAUAUAAAGUUAAUAUCAAGAGUUUCAGUGAUAAUUAGAAGAAUGCAAUUAUUUUCUUCUAUAAUUAAAAAUUUUUAUUUUUUUUUUAAUUAAAGGUCUUGAUAAAUGUUGGAAGAGUAGUGAAUAAAAAAAAAAUAUUUUUUUGUAAUAAUUAUUAAAUAUAUUAACUCUGACAUAAAAUACAUCCAGGUUUAAAACUAAAA